GAAAACUUCCCCUUUGUUUACAAAUCCCAAAAGACACAAUUUACCUACAAACCUGAGCCUGCCCUCAGAUGCCCUCUCACUCUCCACUGUUUACCUCUGUGACCCUAUGAAGGAACGUCAGGAAUGUGACCCUUGUGUCCGAAUAAAGCUCUCAUUUAAUGUUAAAGAUUUUCCCAAGUUAAAAGGUUUUUCUGUGUCAAGUUUGGAGGAAAGCAUCAACAAAUAUAAGUCAUUUUACAUAUCAAGGAGAGGAAAAGGGAUUCCAGGGACAAGUUGGGAAUUCCAGUACGACUGCUUACUUGUUACACCUGGACAAAAUGUCAAUGUUACAGUUAGAACAGAUCCUGAGUUCAUGGAGAUUAGCAAAACUCACUUUGUUCUAGACCCCAAUACAAAACCCGAGUUUAAUUUUGAACAUUUUCCAGAGAAACAAGAGAUCACAGUGUCUUUAUCUCAGGGACCAGAUGCCACUGCUCGCUUGUGUUACAAAGAUUUUCUUUGUAACCCGUUGUCUUACGAAAUUCAGAAAGAGAUUACUACGUCUCAGAAUGUCACCCUUAAAUAUGAAUACUUUCUACCGUGUUUGUGUAUUGAGGUUUUUUACUCUUAUAGAGACAGCAGACGGAAUAGUGUAUGCCCCUUUGAAAAAAACCCAGAGGCCAAUGGGUUAGACUUGUGGGAAAUUGAAGACCUAAGCUUUCCCUUUGAAAAUGAGAUGGCAAUGCAGUUUGAUUAUCCAUGCUCCAAGAUGCUCUCUGUAUUUCUCUGUGAGAAGCGCAAAGACACCUGCAUUACAAUACCAGAUGCCAAAGUCAGCGUGGACGACUUAUUGAGAAUUCAGAGUGUGGACAUCAAUCCACAUUUGUGUCUUAAGGUCACUCUCAAGAACAAAACUCGUAUCAAGUGUCCUGGAAGAAGCGACUGGAAUGUCACUAUGGACGUACAGCAUUCUAAAACCGAACUCAACAUUGUCUCUGAAGUCCUCGGUUCAUUCAGUGCAGUAAUGUGCCGGCUAAACCUGGAAACUGGCAAAUGUGACCCCCAAACCCAGGAAUACACAGUUAAAAGACAACAUCAUAACAGUUCAAACGAGGUGCAUCUCUCUUUACCCACUUCCUCAAAAGGCAUCUGCGUGCAGGUUUGGCGUACUGAUGUCCAGUUUUCAUACAAGCGUAUACUCUGUCCCGACUAUUCCCACAAACACCUGGGUUUGUUUUUCCUUGCCUCUAUCUUGGCGGUUUUCACACUUGUCCUGGUUAUGUAUCUAAUCUAUGGAAGAAUUGUGAAGUGGAUUACAGCCCCUAUCUGGAGGCGGACCGUACUACUGGUGUAUUCCCCAGACUGUGCAGAGUACAAACAUGUUAUCUGCACCUUUGCUUCCUUCCUUCAACGUUUUCUGGGUUGUGAUGUUAUCUUGGACCUCUGGGAUAUGAACACAGUUAGCAAGACAGGAGUCCUCCCUUGGUUUUCCAGAAACAGGGAUAUGGUGGCACAAAGGAAAGGGAAGGUAAUUAUCGUAUGGACUAAGACAAGCACAUUGAUGUAUAAACAAUGGAAAGAAGGUCAGCUGAACACUCUGGCAUGGGGAGACCCAGUAAACCUAUUUGGUGCUGCUAUGUCUUGCUUAAUGAAUGACCUUGAGUUGGAAAAGAAUGGAAAUCUUGAAGACUACACCAUGGUCUUUUUUGAAGGCCUUUGUGAUAAGCAGGAUAUCCCCAGUAAACUGAGGAAAAUCACCAGAUACCACUUGUUUAAAGAACUUGGCCGACUGGUUGUUAAAUUACAGGAAACUAAUGGUUUGUCUACUUCCUGCCUGAUAAAGUCAGGGGCUAAGUAUCUUAUGAGAAAUCUAAUAAGCUCAGAGAAGAGCAGAAGUCUGAAGGAUGUUGUAAAUUUGUAUAGGAAAAAAGUCACUUGUGGAGAAAUUGCUGGUGCAUGGACUAAGGACUAUCAAAGUGUAAAAUGUUGUUCAAAAGCUCCUGAGAAUUAAUAUAUAUAGUACUUUAAAACUCAAGUUCUGUUUUUUUGUUGUUAAAUUUACAAUUUAAUAACAAGUUUACCACUUAUCUGAUCCUACUUUUGUCCUCUGAUUGAAAUUCUGCCAUGUAAUUCAUUAGAGCAUUUAAUUUUUGCAUCAUCGGCCCUCUUUUACUAUGUGUUUAACCCCAGCAAAUAUGUUAAACACACAAGUAAAAUCCCACUAGGGAGCCACAAACUCUUCAACUUAUGAACAAGAAGCUACUGGUGACUGGCGGAUAAUGCAGUGGCUGCUCCUGGUUGGCAAACCAGCAGGUACCUGCUUGGAAGAUGCAAUGUUUGCUGCUCCAGAAAAAUAUUUAACUAUGCAUUUAACCUCCCAUAAACUUGUUAAACACAUAGGUAAUCUAGGGUUACUAAGGCAAACAUGACAUGCUGUAAUGAAUUAUAAUGUCAAUUUUGCUCUAGAAUUUGCUCUAGAAUUUGGAAUAGAACUGGUGAUCAUUAUUAAAUGGGGCAAACAAUGGCAACAGAAUAAGAAACUUUAAAGGGAUGUUAAACUCAAAAUAAUUCUAUCAUGCACAUGAAAAAGUACUGUUUAAAUCCUUAAUGACACAGAUGUACAUGUGCUUAAGGGGAUUUGGCCCUGUAAUAGCUCAGGUCUUGCUAUAAAAGCAGUUGAGUUUUUGUAAAGCUCUAUUGGUGGCAGUGAGUGUGGGCAGUAGGUUAAUAGACCCAGAAAUUCCCCAGUAAAUCUGGAUUUUUUAAUAUGUUUUAUGAAUUCCAGUCCCAGCAAAUGAAGAACUUGAUGCAUUAAACUAAGCAAAGUCUCAGUAUAUAAAUGGGGACAAUUCCACUUCCAAAUUGUGCAACACUAUUAAAAUGCCUCGUUUCCUCACUCCUUGCCUCCUACCCACCCUGGUGUUGUAUAUCACAUCUUAUGGCUUCCCCCUACCUAACACUUGACUACACACUGCUAAAUGUCAGUAUAACAGGAGAACACAGAUAAAGAAGACUAUAGAAAAAAAAUACCUACAGACUACAGACUACUAAAGACAACAGUGUAAAAUCAUAAGCCACAGCGCCCUCUGUGUUGGGAGUACUGCACUGCACACAAUAUUAUUAAACUAAAUACAUACUAAAUAGAACAAGGGACAUACUUAAAGGGACAUUUCAGCACUUUUCUAUCAACUAUCUAAUGUGCAGAUUAUUUAAAAACAUUUAACUUUGCAAUAUAUACUAUUUUACUUAAAUGCUUCAUUUUCUAUAUAUAGCGUUUUUAAAAUUAUAAUUUUUCCUCUGCCCCUUGUUUUUUAUCCAUACCAUAGCAAAUGCACUAAGUCGUAUUAAUAUACGACCAUGGAUGCGCUUCAUGAACGAGUUCUGGUAACGUGCAUCAUGUGCGCAUGUGCGGUGCAUUUGUGACGUUGCACACUACCACUUCACUCCGUAAUGCUGACAAUUCUCAGCUGCAUUGUUACCAGCAAACAACCUUAGUAAGUAUUGUUUUUUAAGCACUUCAGUUAGAGAAUUUUCUCAAUACAGAUUUGUUUAUUAGUAUAACUAUAGUUAGGUAAAUAUUUCUACCUAAAUUAAUAAUUAACGUCAAAAUGUUAUAUUUUUUUCUGUCACAUCUUUUUUUUAAAUUAAACGCUAUACUUUACAAACAUUAAUGAGCCCCAAGCUAUAUAUAAUACAGUAUAUAGACAAUAUUUUUAAAAAUAUACACAUAUGCAUCUGCCUACCACCUCCUGGUAUAUAACUUGUGAGGUGAAAACAAUAGCUAAUGUGCAUGAAUAUGCGCACACUCUGGUUAUUAGUGACUAAUUUACAUACUGAAAAUUAUUGGACAGCCUCAGCAGCCUACAAAAGACUGACAAUAAGGUUUUUCCUGAGGCAUUUUGUGUGAAAGGCAUUUUGUGUGAAUGUAAACAAUAUUUUAUGUUUCACUAAUUUGUUUUUUAUAUAUCUGAUGUGUGACUUCUAUGCAUAAUUAAAUAAAAACAUUUAAGUUGGAAUGUCCCUUUAAAAGGCAGGGACAGGAAGCCAAAAAACGUGACUGUCCCGGGAAAAACUGGACAAUGGGUAACUAUACAGGAUGGCCUGGGGUAUCACAGCCCUCAUUUGAGGGUUUCACAUAUAAUUAAAGGUGGAAACAGCCCAAAUCACUCUUAAAAAAAUAAAUAUAUAUAUUCACCUCCCAUAUACAGUACAUGCCCCUCCAUAGUUAUGACCCAUGACCCCUAUAGCUUUCACCUGCUGCUGAUUAACCUGAACAUUUAAUGUCUGACAAAUAGAUUUAGUGUUCUCUACUCAGCAGGUAUAGGGUAGAUAGCAGAAGAAAAAGCAAAAAAAAAAAAAGUUAGAAAAUAGAUAAAUACCAUAAAUUUGCAAUGCAACAGUAUACUUAAAUGGACAGUGUACCCUAUUUUCUUCUCCCUUUUGAUUCAUUUUAUGUGCUGGUGUGUAUUACAUUGUGUACAAAUAUCUCCUUUUACUUUAUUUCAGCAUUUGAAAUAGCUAAUUUCCAUCUUAAUGGGGGGAGAGUCCACUGCUUCAUUCAUUACUUGUGGGAAUUAAGAACCUGGCCACCAAGAGGAGGCAAAGACACCCUAAAAUACCCUUAAAUACCUCCCCCACUCCCCUCAUCCCCCAGUCAUUCUUUGCCUUUCGUCACAGAAAGUUGGAAGAGAAGUGUCGGAAGAUUCUGAGUAGUCUCUUAUGGAGGUAGCUCAGUUGGUAAAUGCCAUGACUACAAAAAAGCCUGUUUAAAUGAUCCAAGGUAACAGGUUCAAAUCCCGGCAGGUCCAACUCAGUCCUUCAUCUUUCCGAGGUUGAUAAAAUGAGUACCAUUAAAUUGGGUAAUAAUAAUUACUAUUCAGCUGCCGAUUUGGUUAAUUCGAAAAAGCGCUUUGAGUCCCACUGGGAGAAAGGCACUAUAUAAAUACUAGUUGUUGUUGUUGCUAUCCAUCUCAGGGUUCCUCGACUCUGCUGGAUGUCUCAGAUAGAUUAUUCACUGAGGAGGAUAACUCUGAGUUAUCGGAGGAUGUUGCUUCUGGGUCAGAAUCAUCUCCUUCUAAGCCUCCAUCCGUGGGUGAACCAGAUUUUAAAUUUAAAAUGGAGCAUUUGCAUUUUCUGCUGAAAGAGGUGCUUGCUACGUUGGAGGUUCCAGAACCGAAACUAUCGGAGGAACCUUCGAUCCCUAAACUUGUAAGGUUUACGAGGACAGGGUAGUGCCCCAGGCCUUCCCAGUUCCCGUCCAGAUGGCUAACAUUAUUAAGAAUGAAUGGGAGAAACUUGGUUCAUCCUUUUCCCCCUCUACUUCUUUUAAAAAGCUAUUCCCCAUUCCGGAAGCACAGCUUGAACUGUGGGGAACCAUUCCUAAGGUGGAUGGUGCUAUCUCCACGCUCGCUAAGAGAACAACUAUUCCGCUAGAGGAUAGCUCCUCUUUCAAGGAAACCAUGGAUAAAAAGAUGGAGUCCAUGUUGCAGAAGAUGUUCCAACUCAUGGGGUUUGUUUUUCAACCAGCGACGGUCGUAGCUGCAGUGGCUGGUGUGGCUACCUACUGGUGUGACGCUCUAUCAGCAAUGUUUGAGGUGGAGACUCCCCUCAAUGAGAUUCUAGAAUGAAUUAAGGCCUUAAGGGUAGCAUAUUCAUUCAUUUGUGAUGCUAACAUGCAGAUUAUUUGCCUGAAUGUUAAGAUAUCAGGUUUUUCUGUUGUAGCCCGCAGGGCUCUGUGGCUAAAGUCGUGGUCUGCUGACAUGACUUCCAAGUCUCGAUUGCUUUCCCUCCCGUUCAAGGGAAAAGUUUUGUUUAGCCCGGAACUGGAUUCCAUCAUAGCUACGUUUACGGGUGGCAAGGAUGCCUUCUUGUUCAGGAUAAGAAGGCUAAAUCUAAGGGAUCUACUUUUUGUCCCUUUUGUUUGGACAAGUCUCAGCGCCAGCAGCCUGCCGCAAAGUCUGAGCAGUCCAAGGGAUCUUGGAAGCAAGCUAACUCUUGGAACAAGUCCAAGCAGAACAAGAAGCUUGCAAAGUCAAAGUCGGCAUGAAGGGGUCUCCUCUUUUUGUGGAGGCCUGUAGAAGAGACAUUAUAGACCCUUGGGUUCUGGGGUCAUAGCUCAGGGCUACAGGAUAAGUUUCAAGUCAUAUCCGCCCAGAGGCAGGUUCCUCCUGUCAAACAUAUCUUCAAGGCCAGAAAAGAGAGACGCCUUCCUAGGGUGUGUGAGGGAUCUCUCGUCUCUCGGGGUAAUCAUCUCAGUCCCUGCGGCAGAAAGAGGUCUGGGGUAUUAUUCAAACCUUUUUGUGGUCCUAAAGAAGAAUGGCACAUUUUGUCCAAUUCUGGACCUAAAGGCCCUAAUUAAGUUUUUGUCAGUUCCAUCAUUCAAAAUGGAGACGAUAAGGUCAAUUUCGCCCCUGGUUCAAGAGGGGCAAUUCAUGACAACUAUAGACCUGAAGGAUCCUUACCUUCAUGUCCAUAGAGAUCACUUCAGGUUUCUAAGAUUUGCCUUACUGGACCAGCACUUCCAGUUUGUGGCCCUUUUCGUUUGGUUUGGCGAUUGCCCCAAGAGUCUUUACAAAGGUUCUGGGAGCUCUACUCGCGGUAGCGUAAGCCAGAGGGAUUGCGGUGGCUCCUUAUCUGGACGAUAUCCUGGUCCAGGCUCUGUCCUACAGUCUUGCGGAGGAUCACUCAAGAGCUCUUCUCCUUCUCCUUCAGUCCCACGGGUGGAAGAUAAAUGAAGGAAAGAGUUCAUUGGUCCCCAGUAACAGGGUGGAAUUCCUGGGUACGAUAAUAAAUUCUUCAGUCAUGAAGAUAUUCUUGACAGAUCAGAGACAUUGCAUACUUGUGUCCAACUGUCUAACUCUUCAGACAUCCUCCAGGACAUCUGUGGCCAGGUGUAUAGAUGUCAUUCAAUUCACCAGGUUCCAUCUCAGACCUCUUCAGCUGUGCAUGUUGAGACAAUGGAAUGCCGAUCAUUCAGAUCUGGCCCAACAGAUAUCUCUGGACAGACCAGUGAGGGAGUCCCUAUCUUGGUGGACCAGACUGGGGCAGCUUUCACAGGGUACAUCCUUCUUGAGACCAUCCUGGGAAAUUGUGACCUUCGAUGCAAGUCUAUCAGAACAGGAUGGGGAGCUGUUUGGGGUACCAGUAAGGCACAGAUCAGAUGGACUCGAGAGGAGUUGAGUCUACCUAUAAAUAUUCUGGAACUUCAAGCGAUAUUUACUGCACUGAGGGCUUGGCCCCUCCUGGGGUCGUCCCAAUUCAUCAGAUUCCAGUCGGACAACAUUACCUUGAUGGCUUACAUAAACCAUCGGGGGGAACAAGAAGUUCCCUAGCCAUGAGGGAAGUAUCUCUGAUUCUGGAAUGGGCAGACACAAUUGUUCACUCUCAGUAAUCCACAUUCUGGGUGUGGACAACUGGGAAACAAAUUUUCUGAGCAGACAGACAUUUCAUCCAUGGGAAUGGUCUUUCCAUCCCAAGGUGUUCGCAGAGAUCUGCAACAGAUGGGGGACACCGGAGAUAGAUCUCAUGGCGUCCAGAUUCAAUUGCAAGCUACCCAGAUAUGGGUCGGAAUCCAGGUAUCCCCAGGCGGAACUGAUAGAUGCCUUGGCGAUGCCCUGGGACUUCAACCUAAUUUACAUAUUUCCACCGUUGCCACUUUUACCUUGUGUGGUAGCCCGCAUCAAGCAGGAGCAAGCUUUGGCUAUUCUGAUUACUCCGUCAUGGCCGUGGAGGAUGUGGUUUGCAGUUCUGGUGGGGAUGUCAUCUCCGUCCGUUGAGGUUACCUUGUCGCAGGGAUCUGUUGGUUCAAGGUCCUUUUCAACUUUAAAAUCUCGAUUCUCUGAGGCUGACUGCGUGGAGAUUGAACGUCUAGUCUUAGCCAAGAGAGGAUUUUUGGAAAGAGUUAUUGACACUCUAGUUCAGGCCAGGAAUCCGGUCACUCGACGCAUCUACCACAGGGUGUGCAGGACCUACUUGUCCUGGUGUGAGGAUUGAGGAUACCCCUGGCACAAGGUCAGGGUAUCCAGGAUUUUGGCCUUUCUCCAGGACGGUCUGGAUAAGGGUCUUGCUGCCAGUUACCUAAGGGGACAGGUUUCGGCUUUAUCUGUACUGUUGCAUAAAAGGCUUGCAGAGCUUCCUGACAUUCAGUCAUUUGUUCAGGCUCUGGUUAGGAUCAGGUCUGUCUUUAGGAAUUCGGCUCCUCCUUGGAGCUUAAACUUGGUUCUUAAAGUUUUACCGAGGGCUAUGUUUGAGCCUAUGCAUGCGCUUGACAUUAAGAUUCUUUCAUGGAAAGUCCUAUUCCUACUGGCUAUUGCAUCGGCAUGCAGAGUCUCUGAGUUGGCGGCCUUGCAAUGUGAGCCUCCCUACUUCAUUUUUCACGAUGAUAAGGCUGUUCUUUGCACUGAAUUGGGAUUCCUACCCAAGGUGGUGUCAAGUCGUAACAUCAAUCAGGAAAUAGUAGUUCCUUCUCUGCGUCCUAACCCUUCUUCUUCAAAGGAAAGGUUACUUCAUAAUCUGGAUGUGGUUUUGGGCUUUGAAGUUUUAUCUUCAGGCCACGAAGUAGUUCAGACAGACUUCAUCCUUAUUUGUUGUGUAUUCAGGGAAACGCAUGGGACAAAGGGCCUCUGCUACUUUCUCUAUCCUUUUGGUUGAGGAGUAUGAUCCUUCUGGCAUAUGAGACAGCAGGACACAAACCUCCUCAGAGGAUUACGACUCACUCAACUAGAGCUGUGGCCUGUUCUUGGGCCUUUAAGAAUGAGGCCUCUAUGAAGCAGAUUUGUAAGGCGGCCACUUGGUCUUCCUUACAUACUUUUGCAAAUUUUUAUAAAUUUGACGUUUUUGCUUCGGCGGAAGCAGCUUUUGGGAAAAAGGUUCUGCAGGCUGUGGUGCCCUCAGUUUAGGGUCCGCCUCUUUUUGCCCUCACGGUUUUUUCAUUCAGUGUCCUCUAGAGCUUGAGUAUUUGUUCCCACAAGUAAUUAAUGGAGCAGUGGACUCUCCAAUUAAGAUGGAAAACAUAAAUUAGGCUUGCCUGAUGAUUUAAUUUCCAUCUGUGGGAUGAGAGUCCACUGCCCCCGCCCGUUUCUCUGGUGAGCGGACCUAAAUUUAAUUUUAUUCUUCUGGCACCAUUUAUAUAUGAUAUUUCUCCUACUGUUCCUUGUUCCCUUGGCAGAAUGAAUGGGGGAUGAGGGGAGUGCGGGAGGUAUUUAAGCCUUUAGCUGGGGUGUCUUUGCCUCCUCCUGCUGGCCAGGUUCUUAAUUCCAACAAGUAAUGGAUAAAGCAGUGGACUCUCCUCCCACAGAUGGAAAUGAAAUUAUCCGGUAAGCAUAAUUUGUUUUUGUCUGUGGUAUCCCUACCUAUACUAAAAGUUUCUAUAUUUAAGUAUAGGCUGAAGAAAAGCUGUGUAGACAGCCAACAGAAUAAAUUACACACUCAGUAGAAGAGAUAAGCAAUACAAUGUUAAUUUUCAAUUGUUCUCUCUAAGUAUUGGGCUUUUGUUUACAGAGAUAAUAUAAAAAAGCAUGGGUGUGAACAGAAAGUGAUAAAAUAAGGAAAUCUGAUUUCCAUGCAAGCUCAACCCUUUUGAUGGGUUGUGGUUUCAAAGUACAAAAACAACCAUUUCAAAUACAAAAAUAAACAUACAUGAGCAAUUUAUCAUACAUUUUAUACUCUGCCACUGGUAUAAAAAGUCAUUGGAAACAUAUUAAGAUAAAAACAAUGUUAUAGUACAAUGAUCAUUUAAAUAGGGACAAUUACUCCGCUUGGUAGUGAAAAAACACCUCAGGGGGAAAUAAGAAAAAAAAGGACUAAUAUAGCAAAGAUGUGUGACCCCCCCUAGUGUCCACUCGCUCAAUUAAAUAAAAGACUGACAAUCAGUAUUGGGGUGAAAAGGCCGCAUCCCAACUUUAUUAAAACUUUAUAAAUAUAAUAAAUAGCAAAUUAACCAUAACCAGAGUGCUUGCCCACAUAACACAUGGGUUGACAUUGACAAGCUCAGCCAACACACCCCACAGUUGUGCCACUCUCCCCUGCUACCCAACAGGAUGUACCACUAUCCACUCAUUGACCUAAAAUAGGUAAACAUCUGCAACCCACUCAAUGCAAAAACCAACAACAUAAACAUUGGAGAGGGAUUGAUCAAACACAAACUGCUGCCCACUUUCUGCCUAACCCCUUACUUAAAGGGAUAUUCCAGCCAAAAUUGGAAACUCAAUUUGUUAAUUGAUGAGGAUACAAGUCCCACUGAUGAUCUGAGCAGCUGUAUUAUUUUAAAUGUGGGUGCAGUGCGAAUAUCUAGCUAUGCUUCACAUGCACGUGCAGAGAAAAAUGUUAACACUAAAACAGUGAUAACUUUUACUAGAAGCAUUUUUGCCAAUACAUUUAUAUUGCAAAUAUGUUUCUAUUCAAAGAUGUAAUAAAUCUAUGUGCAUUUAAAUUUUGACUGGAAUGUCCCUUUAACAGCUCUCUCACUGCACCCACCUCACCUACAGUUGACCCUACCCUUUUGCGGGCCACAGGGGGAGGGGGGUCCUUCCAUGCUCUCAUGCAGGUAGCAUUAGUAGCAAAAAAGUUUUAAAUAAAAUAUAUCGCUCAAAACUGAAAUUUCUGGUGAUCUACUGAUAGUAACCCUUGUGUUCCUCUUAAAACAACUUAUGUGAAAUAAGGAAAGCUGUUAUCUCUUUGAAUUACUUGUAUGCUGUCUGUUUUGUGUCAACAAGAAGAAUCAUAACUAUGUAUAUGCUAAUUUAUGUAAUUAAAAACUAAAUUCUAGAACAUUCAUCCAAGGGUGUCCCAAAGUACAAAGUUUUGAGAGUCAGAGCCAUAGACAAGCUGAAAUAAAUUGCUUUUUCAUAAAACUCACCCAAGCAGUUCCAGAGUUAAAGGGAUAGUAAACCCCAAACAAUCUUCUAUGAUUCAAAUAGAACAUACAAUUUUAAACAACUUUCCAAUUUACUUCUAUUAUCAAAUUUGCUUCAUUCUUUUGUUAUCCAUUGCUGAAGGAACAGCAUUACACUACUGACAGGAAGCUGAACACAUCUAAUUAGCCAAUCACAAGAGACAAAUGUGUGCAGGCACCAAUCAGCAGCAGCUCCCACUGAUGUAUGAUAUGUGUGUAUUUUUUUUCAACAAGGGAAAACAAGAGAACUAAGCACAUUUGAAAACAGAAGUAUCUUAAAAUUACAUGCUCUAUAUGAAUCAAGCAAGUUUAUUUUUGACUUUCUUAUCCCUUUAAAUGUAUUCCACCUUUUUAUAUAUGAAGUAAGUCAUUUGGAUUUUACAAAUGUAUAAAAUUAAAAUAUAAUAUAUGUGUGUGUGUAUCACUUUAAAUAUAUGCUUAUAAAUAUGCCUGUGUAUAUGUAUAUAUAUUGUAAAUGUUCUAACCUCCUUUUAAAGAAAAUAUAAAAAAUAAUAUUUUCUACCUUAUAUAAGGAUCAUUCAGAAUCUUCAUGGAAAUUAUUUAUCUAUUCAAGACAAGUUUUCUAUUUUACCUCAUUUCAUGACAUUUUCUGUAAAAAAAUCAACUGACAUGAAUUCCAAUCUUUUUGAAAAAUACACAGAGCUGUGUUUAAAUACGUUUGGUUUGUCUAAGUAGUUUUUUUUUUUUUUUUUUUUUUUUACAGCCAAGUAGAUUUAUUUUUUUAUUUUAUAAAAAAAAAAGAAAAAGUGUUGUCUUUAAGGUGUGGACUGAGCAUGCACAAAACUUUAACAAAAAAGUUGGUGACAGCCAAGAUAUACCACUUGAAACAGUCAAAGACAAAACUUUAUUAAGUCCAAUGUGUAAGAGUUGGAAUGUGCAAAAAAUUAAUAAUAAAAACUGCAAAAAGUAAA